AAAAUAUUAUACAGGGAGCGUUUAUUUUGAUUCUGUCAUCUGUCAAAGCUCUUUUUGAAGUGAAAUCAAAAUUUGUAGGUCUCCGCCAUGGGAGCUUACAAAUAUAUCCAAGAACUUUAUAGGAAAAAACAAAGUGAUGUGCUCCGCUUUUUGUUAAGAGUUCGAGUAUGGCAAUAUCGCCAGCUUACUAAACUCCACAGAGCUCCGAGACCAAGUCGUCCUGACAAAGCUCGCAGACUAGGAUACAAGGCGAAACAAGGUUUCGUUAUAUUCCGUAUUCGCGUACGUCGUGGUGGACGUAAACGCCCAGUACCCAAAGGUGCAACUUACGGCAAACCAAAAAGCCAUGGAGUUAACGAAUUGAAACCCGUACGUAAACUCCAAUCGAUCGCCGAAGAACGUGUAGGAAGACGUUGUGGCGGUUUGAGAGUAUUGAACUCCUACUGGGUUGGCCAAGAUUCUACAUAUAAAUAUUAUGAAAUUAUUUUAGUUGACCCAUCACACAGCGCUAUCAGAAAUGAUCCUAAGGUGAACUGGAUUGUGAAUGCUGUACAUAAACAUCGUGAACUUCGGGGAAAGACAUCUGUAGGCAAGUCAUCACGUGGUCUUGGCAAGGGACACAGAUUCUCGCAAACGAAAGGUGGUUCCAGAAGAGCCGCUUGGCUCAGGAGGAACUCACUCCAGUUGCGCAGAAAGCGUUAAAUUAUAUAUUUUUUAUCUAUAUUGAUUGUAAGAAUAAAAAAAUAAAAAUUGAAAAAA